GUGUCCUGUCUGUGGUGUCAACUGUCUGGCUUUAGCUUGGAGCCUUUCUUUAUUUAUUUAAACAUAAUUAAUAUGAUAUAUGUAAUGAAAAGAAGGAAAAGAUGAAUCUUCGGGGAUUUUUUCAAGAUUUUAAUCCGAGCAAAUUCCUGAUAUAUGCAUGUCUGCUGCUGUUCUCUGUGCUGCUCUCUCUGCGGCUGGACCGAGAUAUAGAGUGGAGCUACUGGGCCGUGUUUGCUCCCAUCUGGCUAUGGAAGCUCAUGGUUAUCAUCGGGGCCUCUGUGGGCACUGGGGUGUGGGCACACAACCCUCAGUACAGGGCUGAAGGGGAGACCUGUGUGGAGUUUAAGGCAAUGCUGAUUGCUGUCGGGAUCCACUUUCUCCUGCUUACAUUUGAGGUGCUGGUGUGCGACCGGGUGGAGAGGGGGAAGCAUUUCUGGCUGCUGGUCUUCAUGCCACUCUUCUUCGUCUCUCCCGUCUCUGUGGCAGCAUGUGUCUGGGGCUUCAGGCAUGACCGUUCACUUGAGCUUGAGAUCCUGUGCUCUGUAAACAUUCUGCAGUUCAUUUUCAUCGCUCUGCGUCUGGACAAAAUCAUCAACUGGCCAUGGCUGGUUGUCUGUGUGCCCUUGUGGAUUCUCAUGUCCUUUCUGUGUCUGGUGGUGCUUUAUUACAUUGUUUGGUCAGUGCUUUUUCUGCGCUCGAUGGAUGUCAUUGCUGAGCAGCGUCGGACACACAUCACCAUGGCUAUCAGCUGGAUGGCUAUUGUUGUGCCCCUUCUGACUUUUGAGAUCCUUCUUGUGCAUAAGCUGGAUGGCCAUUAUGAGUCCAGAUUUGUCCCCGUCUUUGUACCCCUCUGGAUCUCACUGGUGACGCUCAUGGCAACCACAUUCGGACAAAAAGGAGGCAAUCACUGGUGGUUCGGCAUUCGAAAGGACUUUUGCCAGUUUCUUCUGGAGCUCUUUCCUUUCCUGCGGGAAUAUGGUAACAUCUCCUACGACUUGCAGCACGAGGACUCUGAUGUGUCUGAGGAGCUCCCACCACACGAGCCACCUAAAAUUGGACCCAUGUUCCGCAAGAAGACGGGCGUCGUCAUAACACAGAGUCCUGGGAAAUACUUCGUACCGCCACCCAAACUGUGCAUUGAUAUGCCAGAUUAAAGCAAAUUAAUGUCACGUGAUAGAAGCUUACUUCUAUGAGUGAAGAGUGAGCGUCAUGGACUAGGGCCCACUUUGGGAUGUGUUUGAAUGGGGGAACACCAGGAAACAGCGACGCAGUCUGAACGAAUGGGCAUUUUAAUCAGUGUCGGCUCCUGUUAGCAUGAGACUUUAUGAAAAUGCUUUUGUUCAACUGGAGCUGGAAACAAGUGGCAAGCUGUGAGCAUGGCUUGCCAUUUGAUGCUUUUGGUCAUAUUGCACCUUUUUGCCACACUCCUGUGUUCUGUUAAACACAAUCACACUUUUUCCAGGGUAAGCCAUGGAGGUAAUUGCUUUUUAUGGUGGAAAGUAUUCGAAGUAAAGCCAAAGAACAAGAGUGUUUGUGCAACUUUAGAUGCUGUCAUUUUUCCAACAGUAGACUUUUUCUUUACCCAUAUUAGCAGCCAAGUGUGAACACUGAGUUUGUAGCUGGUCAGGAAGUAUUCACCAAACACUUGCUAUGUCCUUUGUACCAUCUUCUGUAAGGAUGUCUAAGGAUGAAACCCACAUUGUAAUAAGUGUGUCUGUUUUUGUGAAAUGAUGGACAACUCCUGGUUGAUAUUCACUCCUUCUUGUUUACCUGUUACCUAUAUUGUUGGCAAAAAAAAAUGCAGCUCUACUUUACAAUAGCACUAGGAAAAAUUUAUUACAGCCAGCAUAAGCAUUUAAUCAACAGAGUGAAAACAUGCAGUUGCCAUCACCAUGAGGUUUAUUAGCAAAAUAUACAAACCCUCAGCUGUUUGCAAUAAACCAAUCAAACAAGAACAAUUUAAAAUGCCAAAUACAACUAAUAUUACAAGUGGUUUCUCCAGAUUCAACACACAAUGUCACUUUUAAUGACACACUCAGAAUUAUUCAACCUAAAUAGAAUCCCUCAUAAGAGCACACAUUUGCAAAUCAUGUUUUGUCUUAAGCACACCUGAUGUAACUAAUCAUGGGCUUUAUUAGUUGCAUGAGGCUAACUGUGAUGUUUGAUUGGAUGUUAGAACUAUGGCUAAGUUGGCAUUCAAAUGGCGCAGCGCUAAAACACACUAGCCCACCAGUGCUGACAUUUUGAACUCUUUAGUUCCAAUUUCAGCUCUGACUUUGGCCGGCGGGUGCCCAUACAAACAAUAACUGGCCGAAGUGAUUCCUCAUAACUGCUGUAAUUACGGCCUCUGCUGGCUGAUUGAUGGCGUCUGUACAGACACGUGGGAUAAUGGGGAUCGGUGCAUGACUCUUUGUGUGCAAUACGGAUCUCCAAAUGUACUCGCCUCGUGCAGGUUGAAAGAAGCGAUCGCCUACUGCACACAUGUUGGAAGGGUCGUGUGCGAGUUACACGGCUUUUCGAUCACAAGUUAUGCAUUGUGCCUCCACUACAAAAUACAAAAAAGAAACAUGGGAAAUAAGUCAUGAGUUGCUUAAAAAGUUAAAAGAUAAUUGCCUUGUACAAACAAGGAAAAAAAACAGACUUUCAUAAGAAGUCCUGGAAGAUUCUGUGGCUGUUGCAGUCGCCUGACUUGGAAUGCCAAUCCUUCAAAUCCCAUAGAAAAUCUUUGGUGGGAUUUGAAGAAAGUGAUUGAAGCACACAAACUAAUAGUUUAAUGAACCUCAAGGUCAUUUCUCAUGAGGAAUUGGUUAAGAUUUUUCAGGACAGAUUAAGAUUUCUGGUGUCUGGCUAUGCAUCAUGUUUGCAGCAGGUCAUAACAGCAACAGGUUGCUCUACAAAGACGCUUGUAGAUAUAAUUCUGAGACUGCAGUAGUCAUUACAAGUGGCAUUUUGUGUUGCAUUUGGAGAAACCACGUGUAAGUUUAGAUGUGUCGAGCUAUGUAGAUUGCUCUUGUUUGUUUGGUUUAUUGCAAACAGCUAAAAGUUUGUAAAUUUUGCUAAUCUAAUUUGCAGUGGGGUUGAAUAAUUUUGAUUGCAAAUGUAAAUAUAUCAUGUAUUAAAUUUAGUACAGCGUUUAUCAUGCUUUACUUACAACUGUAACAUAAGCCUAAAUUGUACUCUCAUACAUACCAACAUAACAUUUCCAACAAAAUAUGACUUUGUAAAGAUACUGUUAAUGUGUACUCAGCUGGUCUGAGUUUGCAGCUAAUGGAGGUCAUGGUAUUAGGUAUGGACCAAUUUUUUUUCUUUGGGUGAGUGGAAGCAGUGCAGGGCAUGUUCAUCCAGAUUGCAUCAUUACCUUUAGUCUUUUAAAAGUAUGAUAAACUGUAGCUACUGACUUUGACCUGCAUAUAAAUCUUAUGUAAAUAA